AAUCUCUGGGGACAGGCAUGCUUCUUGAAUUUGCACACAAAAGCUAUUUUUAUAUGAUUUUUCCUAACCCUGGAUGAUUUUUAUAUUAACUAAGAGUUAGUUAAUAUUGGGCAAAAGCUGGGUUUUUGAAAUGGGUUAAGAAACAUUGUUCAUAUAUUUUUCUGGGUGCUUAUAAGGAAUACCUAAAUAUCACAGUUGAUAAGAAAAGAAAAUUAGGAUAAGUGACUGGGCAUGGUGGCUCAUGCCUGUAAUCCCAGCACUUUGAGAGGCCGAAGCAGGCAGAUCAUCUGAGAUGAGGAGUUCGAGACCAGCCUGGCCAACAUGGUAAAACCUUGUCUCUACUAAAAAUACAAAACUUAGCCAGGUGUAGUGGCACAUGCCUGUAAUCCCAGCUACUCAGGAGGCUGAGGCAGGAGAACUGCUUGAAACCAGGAGGUGGAGGUUGCAGUGAGCUGAGAUCGUGCCACUGCACCCCAGCCCGGGUGACGAGCAAGACUCUGUCUCAACAAAAAAGAAAAAAAAGAAUAUUAGGAUAAGUAUUCCCUAGUGGAUGGUUCAUGUAUAUCAGAAAUAAAUGAUUUUUAAAUUAGAGUUCAAAAAGUUGUUAAUUUUAUUAGAAAUUAAUGAAAAUGAUAAGAUUCUUAUAAUGCACAUUAAGCUUACUUCUUUGAGAAUGCCCUUCUGAUCCCAUGUUGAGCAUGUAAGCAAAAUUUGAAUGGGACUUUUCCUACUGCCUGAGAAUUGCUGCCAGGCACCUAAACCUGGCAACAGAGAGGCUAAAGAUCACAGCCUGAGGAGUCCCACCAACAAUUGGAAUCACUCCCCAUCCAGGGCAUACUAAGGGUUUCUCAAACUGUUGAAAAGGACCCAGAAAUGGAUGACAAUCAAUUUAGUGGAUCACACCAGCAUUUUUAAAAAAUGAAGUAGAAUAGAAUAUAAUAGAAAAUGUCGGAAUACAUAACACAGAAUAGGGGCAAGUUUUGCUUCAAGAGACUUCGGUCUUCAGUGUGUGUUCAGGGUCAUAUUAUAAACUGAUUUCUGACUGUGUGUGGUCAAAAAAAGUUGGGAAACCACUUUACCAGGAGCUGACAGAACUGGUUCUCCCUCCAUCAACAAGAUUUGAUGAAGAGAGAUAGGCUUACAGUCACAGAGAGAUGGGGAGAGCCUAGAAGAUACAUACCAAAGAUCACAGCCCCCACCUGAGCAUCAUACUUGACAGACAAGUAUUUUUUUUAUUCAUUUCCAACAUUUAAAAGGUAGAAGAAUCUCAUGGAAGGAUCCAGAUUUAUGACUUCUUGUGAAAAAUCAGAAAAUCUGGCAACACUGGGUCCCCAUUCCAUGCGGCCACAAUGGGGCAUGAUCGGAGCUGAGUGGUACCUCCAUUCUGUGGCCAGGAUAUGAUCUGCAGUCACCAUGUCCCCAGCCUGUGCCAUUCACUUGCCUGUCUGGUCCCUGAUGUGGCUGAAGAGUUAGAAUAAAGGAAAAAAAGAAAGAGAGAGAGAGAGAGAGAAAGAGAAAGGAAGGAAGCAAAGAAGACAGUGGAAUCCAAAGAAACAGUUAUGAUGGGGGACUCUAUGGUGAAAAUAAAUGGGAUUUAUUUAACAAAAUCGAAUGCUAUUUGCCACUUAAAGAGUCACCCACUUCAGCUAACUGAUGAUGGAGGCUUCAGUGAAAUAAAGGAGCAAGAAAUGUUCAAAGGAACAACAUCCUUACCAUCUCAUCUCAAGAGUGGAGGGGAUCAGGGGAAGAGACAUGCAAGGGCCUCAUCACGCCCCAGUAGCUCAGACCUGAGCAGGCUGCAAACCAAAGCAGUCCCAAAAGCUGACCUGCAAGAAAAGGACGCAGAAAUAGAAGUAGAUGAAGUCUUUUGGAAUACAAGGAUUGUACCGAUUUUGCAUGAAUUAGCAAAGGAAGAAAACCUUGAAACAGUUUGUGCUGCUUGCACACAACUUCAUCGUGCUUUAGAGGAAGGAAACAUGCUCGGAAAUAAAUUUAAGAGAAGAAGUGUUCUCCUGAAGACCCUAUGUAAACUAGUUGAUGUUGGUUCAGACUCGCUCAGCCUUAAACUUGCAAAAAUAAUUCUAGCACUUAAAGUGAGUAGAAAGAAUCUUCUUAAUGUCUGCAAACUUAUAUUUAAAAUUAGCAGGAAUGAGAAGAAUGAUUCUUUGAUUCAAAAUGACAGCAUUCUGGAAUCAUUAUUGGAGGUACUAAGAAGUGAAGACCUGCAAACUAACAUGGAAGCUUUUUUAUACUGUAUGGGGUCUAUAAAGUUCAUUUCUGGAAAUCCGGGAUUUCUUAAUGAAAUGAUCAGCAAAGGUGCUGUGGAAAUACUGAUAAAUUUGAUAAAGCAAAUAAAUGAGAACACCAAGAAAUGUGGUACAUGUUUGCCUAAUUCAGGCCACUUGCUAGUCCAGGUGACUGCUACAUUGAGAAGCUUGGUUGAUUCACCAUUAGUAAGAAGUAAGUUCCUAAACAUCAGUGCCCUUCCCCAGCUCUGCACGGCAAUGCAACAGUACAAGGGUGACAAGGACGUCUGUACCAAUAUUGCCAGAAUAUUCAGCAAACUUACUUCUUACCGUGACUGCUGCGCAGCCUUGGCCAGCUAUUCCAGAUGUUAUGCCUUAUUUCUGAAUCUAAUUAACAAAUACCAGAAGAAGCAGGAUUUAGUCGUCCGUGUUGUUUUUAUUCUUGGCAACCUGACGGCAAAAAAUAACCAGGCUCGUGAACAAUUUUCCAAAGAGAAAGGGAGCAUCCAAACUCUGCUGUCAUUAUUCCAGACGUUCCAUCAGCUGGAUCUGCAUUCCCAGAAGCCAGUGGGCCAACAAGGCGAGCAGCACAGGGCGCAGAGGCCACCGUCAGAGGCAGAGGACAUGCUCAUCAAGCUGACCCGCGUGCUGGCCAACAUUGCCAUCCACCCGGGCGUGGGCCCGGUGCUGGCCGCCAACCCGGGGAUAGUGGGCCUGCUCCUGACCACGCUGGAAUACAAGUCACUUGAUGAUUGUGAGGAGCUGGUGAUCAAUGCUACAGUGACAAUCAACAAUUUAUCUUACUACCAAGUGAAGAAUUCCAUAAUUCAAGACAAAAAGCUAUAUAUUGCUGAAUUGCUCUUAAAGCUUCUUGUCAGUCACAACAUGGAUGGAAUCCUGGAGGCUGUGCGUGUUUUUGGAAAUCUCUCCCAGGACCGUGAUGUCUGCGAUUUCAUUGUGCAGAACAAUGUCCACAGAUUCAUGAUGGCGCUGCUGGAUGCUCAGCAUCAGGAUAUCUGCUUUUCUGCCUGUGGUGUUCUCCUCAAUCUCACUGUGGAUAAAGACAAGCGUGUCAUCCUGAAAGAAGGAGGUGGCAUUAAAAAGUUAGUGGAUUGUUUAAGAGAUUUUGGUCCUACUGAUUGGCAGCUGGCCUGCUUGGUUUGUAAAACUUUAUGGAACUUCAGUGAAAACAUCACUAAUGCUUCGUCAUGUUUUGGAAAUGAAGACACCAACACACUCUUACUCCUGCUCUCAUCAUUUUUAGAUGAAGAACUAGCACUGGAUGGCAGUUUUGAUCCAGACCUAAAAAACUAUCACAAACUCCACUGGGAAACAGAAUUCAAACCUGUGGCACAGCAGCUUCUAAACCGAAUUCAGAGACAUCACACCUUCCUGGAACCCCUGCCCAUUCCCUCUUUCUAACAUGAUGCAGAUUAACAGUAGAAACAAGAACUCACGUCUCCCUCAUUCUUAAGAACUGGUAACAAACGUGAACAUUUUUUUCAGCAUUAACAAAUGUGGAAAGUUUUUCAAGAACUGGUUUUAGUGAGUAGCUGAAGUAUUUUUUAAAAUUAAGCAUUUCUUCUUGUUAGGUAUUAUGGAAAAAUGAAUAUACAUGUUAUGUUUCCUGUUAGGAGAAAUAUAAGAUGAAAAUGUAUGCAUUUUCAAGUAAAUGACUUUUUCUUCUAUCCUCCAUUAAACAAUUUAGUUCUAGUCUUAAAAUCUUGAUUUAGCAAUUUUGGAAUUGAAGUGUUCAUAAGUUAAAUGAACUGUGCAAUGAAGGCUGUUAGAUUAUAUAGAAAGAAGGGUAGUCAACACGAGUGGAGCACGUUACAACAUAGGAUCUGUACUAAUUCUUACUAUGUCAAAUAAUAAAUGUUCUCAUUAGG